GAGCAACUGCUUGACCCCACCGGCAAGGAGUCUGCCGCCGUGCGACUGGCUCACGGAGAAGCCCAGUUGAUCCACGACCUACGCCUCUUCCUCCUCAAGGCAGGUGUUCGGCUAGACCUCCUUGAGGGUGCGGGUCCGUCGGGUGAUCAGGGUCGCCGGGACCGCACCGAAGUGAAUAGGGCCGGGACUCACCGCCAACUCUCAGGUCAAGCCUUUAUCAUCAAAAACCUGCCUGUGGGUACCAAGGAGGUGGAAGUUGGCGACCUCAUUCAGCGCCUAACGAAGAGUGGUGGCAAUCAACUGCCGGCGCCGCGACGCAUCAUUCUGCCGCCUCUCGGUAUCACUGCUAUUGUCGACUACGAAGUCCCUCAGGUUGCUAAAAUGGCCUAUAAGGCACUUGCUUACGAACCGUAUAAGGGUAAUAUUCUCUUCCUACAAUGGGCUCCCGACGGCAUUCUAUCUCCCAAGGAAGACGAGGAGGCUUCAGAUGUCGAAGAGUCCGAAAAAACCGAUGGCAGAAAAAAGGAGUCGAAGUCAACCAAAAAACGAAAUGCAGAACCCGCCGAGAAUAUGGAAACUCUCAUAUCCAUGGACGAAUCUGCUAUGGAGGAACCGACUGGUACUGAGGACUCCGAACUUGUCACAGAGUCCAAAAAAAGCAAGAAACGCCGGAAGGCGGAAGUUGCUCCGGCAGCGGAUGAGUUAGAUGUGGCCGAAGAAGUGCCAAAGAAAAAGUCUCACAAGGAAGUGCCUGCAGCGGCCACCAAUUCCUCGGAUAAUCGCGUCCUUCUUGUCCGUAAUGUGGCCUUCCAGGCCUCUGAAGCCGAACUGACGAGCCUCUUCAAACCCAUCAGUGGUCUCCUCAAAGUCCGCAUGCCCAAGAAGGUCUCCGGCGGUCACCGCGGUUUUGCUUUUGUGGAAUUUGUGAACAGCGAGCAAGCCGAGGUUGCCCUACAAACUUUUGGAGCCGAUACUCACUUCUAUGGUCGGCGACUGAACGUCGAGUAUGCGAAAUCCACAGGAUAG